GGUUUUUGUUACAGACAAGUUUGCUUGAAGUGAAACUAGCUGUACUUUACACCUUAUAUUUACUUUAUUUUACUCAACCUGAUAAUUUUGAAAAAGUAAGAAUCCGUCUUAGUUUACGUAUAUCAAUAUUUGAACUUUAUAAAUAUUGUGUAAAACAUGAAUUAUAUGAUGCCGAAUAUAUAUAUGAAAGAAUGAAAAAAGAGCAAUUAUUUGAAUAUGUUGCUGUUGUUGAUCCAUGUAAUGAUUAUGGAAAAAUUGUAAAGGAAAAAAGAAAAGAUAAUAGCAUACACGAUACUUUAGAUGAUAUUAGAACAGAAUUUAAUACUGAAAUAAUGGAGGAAUUAGAUGGUAAUAAUAAUAUUUUAAAUCAACUUAAUCAAAUAUCAAAUGAAUACUAUACGAAAAAACAUAAAUUACAAGAUACAAAUGAAGCAAUUGAUUCCUCAAAAAAAGUCGUUAGAUACAUGACAACAACAAUGCUUCAACAUUCAUCAUCACCUGCCAAUGAUGUAUGGACGCUUGUUUCACCAUUUAGUUCAUCAAAUGAACAUUUUGUAAAAAAUAUUAAAAGCAAUAUUGAUCAAUUUGAAAAAGACAGAAGAAAGUUUCUUGAUUUAAAUACUAAAAAUUUUGAUAUCAUAAGUAAUAAUGAAUUGGCAGAUGAUGAAAAUGAAAAAGAUGGUUAG